AGACAGUGACGCUGGUUUUCCGUCUUCAAAAUCGCGUGGGUUUCUCAGAGAUACGAUACGCGAAAAUGGAAAUUGGCGGAUUCAGCGUCAAGCGUCAAUGGCAGCUCCAACUCGCUCUCUCUGCUCUUCUCUUCUUAGCAGUUAGUUCACCUGGAUUUUCAUAUGAAACUCGGAAAAGUGGCAGAUCAUCUGUGUUCUCACUAUUUAACCUCAAAGAAAAGAGCCGAUUUUGGAGUGAGAAUGUUAUACAUAGUGAUUUUGACGAUUUGACAUCUUCAAGCCCUGACAAAGCAAGCGCAUUGAACUACACGAUUGCUGGUAAUAUUGCAAACUAUCUAAAGCUUCAGGAAGUUGAUGCCAUCCACCUUCCGGUUCCUGUGAAUUUUAUAUUUAUAGGAUUUGAAGGGAAGGGCCACCAAGAAUUCAAGCUUCUCCCAGAAGAAAUUGAGCGCUGGUUUACAAAAAUUGAUCACAUCUUUGAACAUACACGGAUUCGACAUGAAGAAGUGCUGACCCCAUUUUACAAAACCAGUAUAAAUAAAAUGCAAUUGCACCACCUUCCUCUUGUCAGUCACAUAAAUUACAACUUUUCUGUCCAUGCUAUUGAAAUGGGAGAGAAGGUCACUUCCAUAUUGGAGCGUGCCAUAAACGUUUUCGGUCGCAAAGUCGAUCCAGCUGGCAGUGGGGAUAAUGGUGGUGUUUGGCAAGUAGAUUUAGACAUGAUAGAUGGCCUUUUUGCUAGCCUUGUUGAAUACCUUCAACUUGAAAAUGCAUAUAAUAUUUUCAUUCUGAAUCCUAAGCGUGAUGGGAAGACACCCAAAUAUGGGUAUAGGAGAGGUUUAUCACAGCCCGAAAUAAACUUGCUACAAGAGAAUAAGAGCUUGCAAACGAAAAUCCUUCAGUCAGAAGGCAUUCCCGAGAAUAUUCUUGCUCUUAGUAAGAUUCAGCGACCAUUAUACGCAAAGCACCCAAUGACGAAAUUUGCAUGGACAAGAACUGAGGACACUGAUAUUGCAGAAUGGUAUAAUAUUUGGUUGGAUGCGCUAAAUAAUGUUGGUAGCUUGUAUCAAGGGAGAGAUGCAGCUGGUAUCAUUGAAGUCAAAACAUUACAGUUUCUAAAAGGGAAGGAUCAAGACCAGAAGAUCCGUUAUGAAAGAGUAUUAAAAUCUGGGGACUUUAGUGGCCUUCAAGCAGAAUGUCUCACAGACACUUGGAUUGGAAAGGACAGAUGGGCAUUUAUUGACUUAAGUGCAGGUCCCUUUUCAUGGGGACCUGCUGUUGGUGGAGAAGGUGUGCGUACAGAAGCAAGUUUACCAAAUGUGGACAAGACAAUUGGUGCAACUUCAGAAAUUUCAGAAGCAGAAGCUGAAGACCGGUUGCAAGAUGCUAUUCAGGAAAAAUUUGCUGUAUUUGGUGAUAAAGAGCACCAGGCCAUUGAUAUUCUUCUAGCUGAGAUUGAUAUAUAUGAGCUUUUCGCAUUUAAACAUUGCAAAGGAAGGAAAGUUAAACUUGCUCUUUGCGAAGAACUAGAUGAGAGAAUGCGGGAUUUGAGAAAUGAGCUACAGUCAUUUGAAGGUGAAGAAUAUGAUGAAAAUCAUAAGCAAAAGGCCAUGGAAGCAUUAAAGCGGAUGGAGAGCUGGAAUUUAUUUAGUGACACACAGGAGGAGUUCCACAAUUACACUGUUGCACGUGAUACUUUCCUUGCACAUCUUGGUGCGACACUCUGGGGGUCUAUGAGACAUAUCAUAUCACCUUCUAUUGCAGAUGGUGCCUUCCAUUAUUAUGAGAAGAUAUCCUUUCAAUUAUUUUUCAUAACACAGGAGAAAGUUAGACACAUUAAAUAUCUCCCUGUGGAUUUGAAGUCUAUAAUGGAGGGAUUCUCCUCAUUGCUGGUUCCAUCUCAGAAACCAAUUUUCAGUCAGCAAAUGUUAGCAUUAUCAGAUGACCCUGCUUUAGCAAUGGCCUUCUCAGUAGCACGACGAGCAGCUGCGGUCCCUCUAUUGCUUGUCAAUGGAACCUAUCGAAAGACAGUUCGAACCUAUCUUGAUUCUGCCAUUCUUCAGUAUCAGUUACAAAGGCUGAAUGAACAUGGUUCUCUUAAAGGUGGGCAUGCACAUUCCAGGUCCACACUGGAGGUCCCAGUCUUUUGGUUCAUUUACAAUGAACCGCUAUUAUUGGACAAGCAUUUUCAGGCAACAUCACUUUCUGACAUGAUUAUCGUCGUCCAAUCAGAACAGUCUUCCUGGGAAAGCCAUCUACAUUGUAAUGGGCACUCACUUUUACGUAAUUUAAGACAGCCUGUAAAAGCUGCUGUGGCUGCUACUGCUGAGCACCUUGCGGGAUUGCUUCCCCUCCAUCUUGUUUAUAGUCAGACCCAUGAGAGUGCAACUGAGGACUGGAUAUGGUCAGUAGGAUGCAACCCUUUCUCCAUUACAUCACAAGGAUGGCACAUUUCACAGUUCCAGUCUGAUUCAAUUGCUCGGAGUUAUAUCAUCACAACUCUUGAAGAAUCAAUACAACUAGUUAAUUCAGCUAUUCAUCUUCUAAUGGUGGAGCGUACUACCAAAAAAACUUUCACAUUUUUCCAGUCCCAGGAGCAUGAGCUUGUAAAUAAGUACAACUAUAUUGUUAGUCUUUGGAAAAGGUUAUCGACUGUAACUGGGGAAUUGCGUUAUGGUGAUGCGUUGAGGCUGCUAAUCACCUUGGAGGAUGCAUCCAAAAGGUUUGUUGAACAAGUUGAUGCAACUCUUGCUCUUCUCCAUCCAAUUAACUGCACAAAAGAGAGAAAAGUACACAUGGUCUUUGAUAUGACGACAAUCCCUGCGUUCUUGAUUGUUCUAGGGUGCCUUUAUAUGGUAUUGAGGCCAAGGCGACCAAAACCAAAGAUUAAUUAAGGUUUCGAGCUACUAUAAUGAAUUUUGAUUAUAGCAGGUUACUAACAAGAGUACAAGGCCUUGUGGAAAGAUAUAUCUUUGGACCGGAAAGGAUUUUUACUAUGUCUUUUUGAUAGAAGUACAUAAUCUUUUCUAUUUGGGGUUACAUAGACGUACAUAAUUUUGUAGUUUGAUUGUAAAAUUUUCUGCUAUGAGAAUGAUGCCGCAGCAAAUUGUAAGUUUAUUUAAACUUUAGUUUAGCUAGCACUUUGAUGCAGUACUUUUUUUUCCCGUCUCAAUGUUGAGCUCUAUAAAACUCUGUAAUUUAUUAGUUUCUUUCA